UCAAUGACACAAGCUGCUCCUGUCUCAGUGGAAAAAUACUGCAGGGAAGUGGCAUACCCACGACCUUUGUCAGAGCCAAACACUUUUCUAGACAGACCUCAUGGUGCGCACACCAAAUCUGACAAUAGCCUGUUCACCGAGGAGCCAAAGGAAAGCAAACCUGCCUCGAUUCUCACUCUCCUUCUGCUCAUGCCAUGUUUUUCUAGCGAUCCUGCAGUGCACCCAGCUGAGAGGAAUACAGAUCAGUUUGUUGUUGCUGUAAGCAACUCUUGGGGGAGGGGGCUUUGUGAUGGAGGGGGAAUUCCUGAAAGGACGCAGCCUUGAUGUGCCUGCACCAGAUAACAGUUUAGGGAAGAAGACGCAGCUUCUGGACCGGGGCCAGUGGGCAAACAAGUUGGAAUUCCUGCUGGCCGUGGCAGGGACCCUGGUUGGUUUGGGAAAUCUCUGGAGGUUCCCCUACUUGUGCUAUAAAAAUGGGGGAGGCGCAUUUCUGGUUCCUUAUGUUCUGUUUCUUCUGGCGUGCGGAAUCCCCAUGUUCCUCUUGGAGACUGCCAUGGGACAGUACACAUCGCAAGGAUGCAUCACAUGCUGGAGACACUUCUGCCCUUUGAUGGAAGGGAUUGGCUACGCCACACAGGUUGUGAUUGCGUACGCUGCUGUGUCGUACAUCGUCAUCCAAGCAUGGGCCUUCUUCUACCUGUUCUCAUCCUUCAGUGCCGAAGUCCCCUGGGCCAGCUGCCGGAACACUUGGAACACCGAUCGUUGUGUUGAGUUUGACAAAACCAAUAUGUCAUCCAACUCGACCGCAGCUGCAAAUGCGACCACGCCAGCCACUGAGUUCUGGGAGAGAAGAGUUUUGGGAAUAUCCGGAGGGAUUGAGGAGAUUGGUAGCCUCAGGUGGGAGUUGGCCUUGUGCCUAUUACUGGCCUGGAUCCUCUGCUACUUCUGUGUGUGGAAAGGAGUCAGAUCCACUGGAAAGGUAGUUUACUUUACAGCCACUUUCCCCUACGUUAUGCUGGUGGUUCUGUUGGCUCGAGGACUCACUUUGCCCGGAGCUAUAGACGGCAUACGUUUCUACCUCUAUCCUGAUCCGACAAGGUUGGUGGAUCCUCAAGUUUGGAUGGAUGCUGGUGCACAAGUGCUCUUCUCUUUUGGGAUUUGCCAGGGCUCGCUGACCGCUCUGGGAAGCUACAAUCAGUUCAACAACAACUGCUACAAGGACACCUUUGUUCUCUGUUUGGUAAAUGGAGGAUCAAGUUUCGUGGCAGGAUUCGCCAUCUUCUCAGUUCUGGGCUUCAUGUCAUACGAACAAGGGCUGCCCAUAUCCGAGGUCGCUGCCUCCGGACCUGGCUUGGCUUUCAUCGCAUACCCCCGUGCAGUGGCCAUGAUGCCUCUGCCUCAGUUGUGGGCCAUCUGCUUCUUCAUCAUGGUCAUCUUGCUGGGAGCAGACACACAAUUUGUGAGUCUGGAGUGUCUGAUGACCUCAGUGACGGACAUGUUCCCCACCGUCUUCAGGAGAGCGUAUCGCCGAGAGCUGUUGCUGCUCUGCUUGUGCACUGUGUGUUUCCUGCUCGGACUUCUGCUCGUAACUGAGGGGGGAUUGUACUUCCUUCAACUGUUCGACCACUACGUCUGCAGCGGCAACAAUCUUCUUCUUCUCUCUGUGUGCCAGUCCAUUGCCAUCGGAUGGAUAUAUGGUGCUGACCGCCUCUAUGACAACAUAGAGGACAUGAUCGGGUAUCGUCCGUGGCCUCUGAUGAAGAUCUGUUGGCUCUACAUCACUCCAUCUGUCUGUCUGGGAACCUUCAUCUUCUCUGUGGCCAGAUACAAGCCACUCAAAUUCAACAAAACCUACGUGUACCCAACCUGGGCCUACGCCUUGGGCUGGUCCCUGGGGCUCUUCUGUGUGUUACUGGUCCCCUUGUGGAUCAUUUUCAAAGUGUCACAUAUGAAAGGCACAAUAUGGCAGAACAUCAAGCAGCUCUGUCAGCCUGAACUCCACCCGCCCAACACUGCAAAGCAGCCUGAGCAAUACCCACUGAACCCUGACAACAACCUUCCUGUUGCUGCCAACGAUUACAAGGGACUCGGUGUGGGCGAGAUGGAGAAUCAAGUGUGAGAAGAUCAAUGCGACCGUGUAUUUCCGUGUAGUCUGGUGUGGCGUUAGAUAGCAGUUUUACAAAUAUGCAUCUUUGAAGAAGAGUACAAAGCAAUAUCUGUUUAGAAGCUUCCAGCUCAGAGUGAUUCAGAUCAACAUUCAGCAAAGCACAAUGUGCCACCGCCAGAUGCCUAUUUUAUACUGAGGAACACGAAAAUGUUUAACCGUUUUUCCUAUGUCAGAGUGGCCUCAGCUCUGACUUCCUGAGCUGCCUAUGUUUAAUAUUUAAUCCUAUUUAAUCUUCUACAAUGCACUUCUUUUUUGAAUCGACAGCGGAGAAUUGAAAAUGGAUGUUUGUCGGGAGACGCAGCUAAUGCAUUAUUAUACGACAAAAACCUUGCUGUUAAGUGCUAAUUCUGGUUAUUUUAAUGGAACACACACUCACAUUGUCAUGACGUUUUUUCACAAUUAAUCAUCAAAACAAAAAGGGGUGGUCUCUCGUGCAGUUAAUGGUCGGGUCAGAAGUUUACAGGACUAACUACAAGCCCAUUUAAUAAGUUACAGGCUGGGUAAACUUCUCAUUACUGUUAUUAUUAUUACUAUUUAUUUUUUUACAAAGAGCAUGCAUGUGUUGCUUUAUGCUGAAAACCAUUAUCACUUUCUACCAAUGGCAGGACCUCUAGUGCGGAUGGAGGGAUCAAUGAAGCAUUUUUACCAGACAAUAUUUUCUUUAGUGCGGCGCAAAACAAAAGUCCACUUAACAGUCUAGUCUGGAAUUGUGGGAUAAUGUUGGUCACCUCCUCUGGGGAGGACCUGCUCUUGGAACCAGACAUUAGAAUUCUAGAUUUUACCUUCACUUGGAAGGGCACAGCCAAACAUUCAAGGAUGCAUUAUUCCGGGUGGUCAGUCUGGUUUUGAGGACACUUCACUCAGGGCCAGACGGCUGGGUAUUCAUGGAUUUGGGACGAGUCAAGACAACAACAGCAACCUUGGGGUCGUUCCACUCUACUUGAAUACCAAACGAUCAAUAAUAUUAAAAUGAUUUUACUGUGCUUUCAUUAAAACAUGAGCAAUGAUACUAGAUAUUGUUGAUUAUAUUAUUUUAACUUGAAUAUUCUUCCAGAUUUUUAUAUGUAGAAUAAAGUCGUAGUCAAGGGACCUUCAUCAGCACUAGAAGCUAUUUGGGUUUGGAAGUCUGACUUAGGGGUCAAAAUAUUCACCAAAAAACAAUAUUAAAGCACUCAAACAUUGAAACAGACACACAUUUUCUGGUUUUUUUUUUUGUUUUGUUAUGGAUCCAUAGUUACAGGCCAAACAUAGUCUAUUAGUGGAAUCUGAAACAACUGAACCUUUGUGACGUAUGCUCCAGUCAUGAAUGCAACUUGACACAUACGAACUUGAGAGCAGUUGUGGAUGUUGUAAUUUAAGCGAAAGAAAACCACAGUUCUGUUUCGACCUCACACAAAAAAGGCUUCAGCUGAACAGCACUGUAAAAGCCCUUAUUUCAGAACGCUGACCGGGAAACCACCCUUUCACCGACACAUUAAACCUGCAUGCUUAGAAAGUGGACGCCGAUAGAUUGUGAUGCACUGAAUGUAUCUCUGCUGCGGGCCCUUCGACCUGCAAGACAAUCACCUUCAUUCAAGAACAUAAGGGUGAAGCUAAAGCUAUUAGCUCUUGGUAUAAAUUAUCUUAGUUGUCUCGACUGCCACGUCCGAAUAAACUGUUGAUCUUUGUUGGAAUAAAAAAAAUGUUUUUACAA